AUGUGCAGCAGAUACCUGUAUGCACCGUCACUUGCGCUCCUCCCUUGCCUGAAGUCGCAUUCACCCAAGGAUCACGCGAAGGCAGCAGCACUCACAUCAAGUGUAGUAUCUGUUCUUUUUAGUUUAAUGCACAGUGUCGCCGGUAUCGCACUAUUUCCGGUGUACGCGAACCUUUUUCGUUGGUGCUCACGGCAAGGCCGUGCUGCCGAAGAAUCUGGUGGACUUUUCCUAAAUGACGUCACCCAACAAGUUGAUAUUGUAAUUGGGAGGAUGGAAAUACAGAGCGCGCGAAGAGGAAGGGGCAUCGCCAAUGGUGUCCAUGUAGCCCUUUCUCGAUGGAUUGCGAACGCUUCCAUUGACCUAAACAAACUGUGGUUCACUGAAAGACGAACGCCUCCUGCGCCAUCUUCUCGAGCUGCUGCGUGA